AAAAUUAACCUUGGUUGACAGAGCCACGAGUCGAAAAUAAAUGAAUUUUUAACUUUUUGAUCGAUUUUCUCAUAAAAUUUACCAGAGCAGACUUUGUUUUGGUGCGUACUUUUAUUUUGCAAAAGGAUUUUGUGAUCUGUAAAGCCAAUUCAAAAAUUAAUGAACACUGUAAUGGUCGGUAAUUUCCGUCAGUAUAGCAUCCUCUUAAGGAAGUAGCGAAAAUUGUCACCUACAAUUUGAAUAAGAUGAUUGACGAUAAUUUUUAUCCUCUGCCAGAGGUGAAAUUAUCAUGUGAUACACACAGAUCUAUCGGUAUUAGUGUACAAGGAUUAGCAGAUGCGUUGAUUUUGAUGAGAUACCCAUUUCAAAGUAACAAAGCUAAGGAACUCAAAGUCCAAAUUUUUGAGAUUCUUUAUUAUGGCGCUCUAGAAGCAAGUUACGAAACAGUUACUGAGAAAGAUGCUUAUGAGUCAGAUGAAGGCAAUCCAGUCAAUAAAGUUGUGUUUUUUAAAGUAAAUAUUAUCUUAAUUAUGUUAAAAAUCGGAGAGACAUGCAUAAACUUGUAUGGUAAAAUAAAUAUUUUUAUAUGAUAACAAUUGUAUCGUUAUUUCUAAUAAAUAUAAUAAUAUUGCAUAUAAAAAA